AUGACCUUUGAAGACUAUGACGCAAUGAAAUACAGAAGAUGGAUUAAUGUCGAUGUUGAGAAACAACAGAAUAAAGACGACCCCAACAUUGAUAUCGACAUCAACAUCAACAUAAAUGUUGAUACCAAAAAUAGACACGGUGACCAUGAUGCUCACGACGAGAAGCUGAGGUUUUCCGUUAUGUCAUACAAUUUGUUACUACGACAUUAUAUGUGGCCACAUGUCUACCAAUCACUACCCCAAGAAUACCUCGAUUGGGACAGUUACCGAUUUCCAUUAAUCAACAAAACUAUUAAGCAAAUGAAUUGUGAUAUCAUGUGCUUUCAGGAAAUGGAAUAUUUCCUAUACAAAAAAUUCUGGAGCAAACUGUUUCCCACGAGUGAGUACGAAAGCUUCUUUAUCCAAAAAUCAUCUAUAAACCAGUCAAGGAGCAGCGAAAAAAUUGACGGAGUGGGGAUUUUUAUCAACACCAAAAGGUUUCAAGUUUUGGAUGAAAGAAAGAUCAACUUUGCAAAGCUAGUGAUGAAACACCAAACAAAAUUCCAAUUCACAAAGGACUUUGUAUCGAGAUUACUACCGAGAAACACCGUGGCUCUUAUACUUAAAUUACACGACAAAUAUACAGACAAGAUUGUUUAUGUGACAAACACUCAUCUAUACUGGUCACCCCAGUUCAAUGAUGUCAAGGUCCUUCAAACAAAAUUACUUUUAGCUGAAUUGAAAAAUUACAUCAAGGAAAACUACAAAGACGCUUCAGUAAUCUUUUUAGGGGACCUAAAUUCAAACUUCAAUUCAGAUGUCUACCGACUAUUGAGCGAAGGUCUAGUUGAUUUUACAACUGCAAAAUCAUUUUCAGGUAAAAAUUAUGGAUUAGGCAACGCACUUAUUGAUCACAAUGGCAAAAUUCAAAGUCCAUUCAACCUAUCAAGUGCUUACCAAACAUUAAAGGAUACUAAUAUGCUCAAUUUCACCAGUUUUGCACCAUCAUUUGCUGAUGUCCUAGAUCACAUUUUUGUUAGUGAAAAUAUUCAUGUGCACAAAGUGAUAAGCGGGGUAGACAAUGAUUAUUGCAAAAACCUACCAGUUAGAGGGUUCCCCAACGACCAAUUCCCAUCAGACCAUAUCCCAAUAGCUGCAGAGGUAAGUUACCGAUACUAA